AUGGAUCGCCCGACCCUCCGCAUGGCCCCACUUAUCGCCGCUUGUAUAAUUUGUAUAAAGGAAGUGGUUCUUAAGCUAGGGAUUGUAGAGACGAUUUCCUCUCUCCCUAGUCUCUUUACCACGGCCAGUACGAAAAACGCCGAGGAUAUUAGUACCAUGCACGAUCUGAAGACCGACUCCGAGAAGGCUGUACAGUCAGAGUCCGGUUUCAAUGGCGGAACUGAGCGGGACCUCGGAGACGUCAGAAGCCCAAUUCCCGGCACCAAGCCUGACGAUGCCGCUAAAUUAGAAGACGCUGGCCCCCCGGAUGGCGGCACCACUGCGUGGAUUGUUGUUCUGGGAGCGUGGUGCUGCUCUUUCUCCAGCCCGGGCUGGAUCAACAGUGUGGGCAGCUUCCAGGAGUAUUACGAGGUUGGACCUCUGAAAGAAUACUCUAGCAGCACCAUUGCCUGGAUUCCGUCGCUUCAGCUCUUCUUCCUGUUUGCCUUGGGUCCUGUUGUCGGCAUAAUAUUCGACAACUACGGACCCAGGCCGCUCAUCAUUGGCGGAACACUGUUUCACGUCUUUGGGCUGAUGAUGGCUUCGUUGGCGAGAACAUACUAUCAAUUUCUCUUGUCUCAGGGAGUGUGCAGUGCGAUCGGUGUUGCGUGUUUAUACUCGCCUGCGCUUGCCUGCGUCUCAACCUGGUUUUCCAAGAAGCGCGGAACAGCUAUGGGCAUCAUGGUGACAGGCUCAUCAGUCGGCGGCGUCAUCUUUCCCAUCAUGAUCAGUCGCAUGAUCAAAAGCACCGGGUACCCCUGGGCUAUGCGGACUGCGGCCUUUCUUAUUCUUGGCCUGCAAAUCAUUGCAAUUCUCACAGUUCGCCCGAGAAUGAAGCCUGUGCCCAAGAAGAUGCCUAUCGGUCGCUUCGCUGCACCAUUCACGGAGCUCCCGUUUGCCAUGUUACUAUUGGGCAUUUUCCUCCUGACCUAUGGAAUUUUCAUCCCUAUCGACUACCUAGCUGUACAAGGUCUUGAAGAGGCACACAUGUCGGAGGAGAUGUCUCAAUACUUGGUAUCCAUCUUCAACGGCGCAAGUCUCUUUGGUCGUUUGGCCUCGGGUUAUGGCGCCGAUAGAAUCGGAAGAUGGAAUAUGUUCAUCAUCGCCUGCAGCCUCUCCGGAAUCGCCGAGUUCGCCGUCUGGAUCCCCGCCAAACACUCGUCCAUCGCCAUCGGCUUUGCCAUCAUGUUCGGCUUUGUUUCAGGAGCGUUCAUAGGUCUUUCUGGCGCCCUUCCCGUCUCGGUGUCUCCCCUACCCGAGAUUGGCUACCGACUGGGCGUGGUGUUCCUUGCCAUCUCGAUCCCCGCCCUCACUAUGGCCCCCAUAGGUGGAGCCAUCCUUCAAAAAUCGACCAACGGCUGGCUCGAUGUGAAGGUGUUUGGCGGCGUCAUGUGCCUUGCAGGAUCGGCGAUAAUUAUGAUAUCGAGGUUGCUCUAUACCGAGAAGAGACUUCUCAAGGUGUUUUGA